AUGUCCAUGUUCCUAUCCAAGUUCCUGACCGGAAGGAACAUCUCAAAGUCCAAUCUCGAACUACUUACUGAUGCAUGGCUAAGCAUUCAGAAGUAUUACGAGACUGCAGCUGAUCCUCUCAAAGAUGCAGUUGAUCUCACACCAAUCCCCUGUUGCCUACAAAACAUCGUCAAGCUCAUCCAGGCAGAAGAACUCGAAUACGAACGUGCCCCUGAUAGUCUCGAAACAGGCCCAUGUCUUGAAUUCCUACUCCACAAACGAGUACUUGAAGAGCUAGUAGAAUUUGCCAAAGUAGAUACCCCUUAUGGAAUGCGCAUUCACUGUCUACGAUUCUUCUGUUCGCUUGUCACCAAUGUCCAAGCCCAGUUACUACCAGAAAGAGCUGUCCAUGUACCACUCCACAAACUCAUCAAUUCCUGUCAUCGCCUGAUUGCUCACCACUAUGAACAACUUGCCACAGAUGCCGAUGGAUGUUCAGAAGAACGUUAUGCGGCCAUAUCCGAACUCUCGCUUGAGCUAGUAAAGCUGAUGCACGGAGUGUUUUCUCACUUCAAAGGUGCCAACGCAGCCCUUAUGGAUUUGUUUUUUGAACGUGGCUGGUGUCGUGGACUGGGCGAAAAUGUCUGGAGAAGUAGUAAGGACGGAAAGACAUUUCACAAAAGAAGAGAGAGUAUGGAUGAAAAGAUUGCCUGGACAAUGUUUCUGAUGCCGAGAUUUGAUAUGUUUAGCUUUCUUAUUGAUUACAUGAACAUCCCAGGAGAGACUGGUGAAAUUGCACGAGAAGCUAUUCUCUUUGCCUUGCGAUUGUUGGAUGGUGAUCCGGAAUAUGUGUGUUAUGUUGUAGAGUACUCUGGUCUGUGCGAAGUCAUGGCAGAACGUCUGUCUCUUUCAUUCGCAAGUCUUCCAAAGAACGUUGGAUCCUUCACAAUAUCUGCAAACAACCGCGUAGUUCCUACUCGCCCUCCUAAGCGACCAAUUCACUUUUCUGUGCCGGCCAUGAUCACAAACCACAGUUUGAUGAUCACAGUCAAUGUGCACAACAGCUUCAAGAAGAAACGCAGAAAGAGAAGCCCCUUUGACGUCAAUUUUGUACGCACCCUGGAUCCUAUUCGAGAAGGAGAACGCGGAGUAGACGAAUUUUACAGCUUUUGGGAAUAUCUGAACGAUGUCGCCAGAGUAGCCGAUCGGCGCUUAAUGAUUGCCCUUAUGGCCCAGCUCACAACAAUAUUUUGGCACCCUGUGGUAUGCACAGCCCUCAGCUCAUCUUCGGCAGAGGCUGCCACGGCUGCCACGGCCUACACAACCGAAAUGAUCCGCUCCCUAACCGACCAGAAGCUUCUGCACGCGUUCUUGGUGGUUCUGGUAGGUGAAGAAGGUGGAAUUGGAAAAGAUCUCGAGCCAGAAAUCAGAACCUCCAAGACGUACCAUGAUCUUAUUGAGGAUGAAUCUGCAAACGCUGCAGAUGAUGAUCAAUCCGAACGUACAGAGUCAGACAAGGAAGACAAGGCAGAUGAUAAUGAUGACGAUGACGAUAUUAGUAAUGAAGCCAUGACUCUUCGUGUCUUGCUAGUCACUCGUAUUGACUCGGACUAUCAGGAGCUUUCCCUGGCAACCCUGAGAUUAUUCGACACUGUCAUGGAGACUUACAACCAAUUUGCAAUCUACAACCUCGUGCUGCGUAACUUUUUGGAUAUUGCGCCUGAUGGUGAAUACAUUGAAGAGAAACACGAUGGCAAGGACAUGACCGACACUUCCUCGCUUGGAUCCAAGGUCAUUGAUGACCACACAAGCACUACAGACGAAGACAAUGGAAAGAUUGACGAUCUAGCUAUCGGAGAGACCGAGAACGAAGACACUGUAUCCACACCAACUAUCGUCACGCAUGCCAAAGAUAACAAGACCGAAAAGGUACGCUGGCUAGUAGAAAGGGUCUUGUCUCUCCUGCCUUUGGAAGACGAGCUGGAACGUAUGAAGACACCUCCUCUUUGCUCAGUCAUUCCGUCGGACUCAUUUGCAUCGACUGUGCACGGCCGCGACAAUAUCGGCAGUCCGAGCAUUAUCACAACCAACCCUGCAGGUGCGAUCAACGGAAACAACAACAGUCGCCAUGGCAGUCUAGACGAAACUGCGACAAGUCCAGCUUCACUACACAACGUGGUCGUGCCUGGAAAUAGCUAUGAUGACUACUUUCAUGAAGCCCAAGAGAGAUUCCAGUAUGGUCUCUUGGCCAGAAACUUUUGGCAGACUCCCUAUCCACCUCCUAAAACCCGCAAAGAUUAUGAACGUGAAAGCGAGGACCAAAAGGGUCGACCUCCUCGUCCAACAACUAAUAAUGCAUCUACAGCAAAUGGGUCUUCAAACAAGAACACAAAUACAGCAACUCAAAGUACAGCUACAAAGUCCGAUGACAUCAAUGACAGUUCUGCGGAUGAGCAUGCAGCCGAAGUCAGUAGUAGUCAGGGUAGUGUAAUCAGUAGUCAGCCCGAAGGGUUUGAAGGCCUGUUCCUUAGUCAGAUCUUUGAUCAGUUCUUCAAGAUGCUCGAGUGCACAAUGGAGCAGAACCUACUUGUCACCAGUAUCCUGCAAAAGAUUGCGGGUAUUGUGGAUCGCAGAGUGGAUGGUGUGAUUUGUGAUUGGCGUGCAGUUCGGGUAGGCAUUGAUGGUGCACUGUAUGGAGGUGUGUGGACACUACCGAGUGCAAAGAACAAUCGGCGUAGUCUGUACUCUCUCUUGGAGCAAGUCACCUUUGAAGCCCUGAAACGUGCUCAACUGGUGCCUAACUUUGAGACCCGGAUUUCGUUGGCAAAGAAGCGAGGUGUAAUGACCAACGGGGUGAUUGCAGGUACAAGCAACAGUACCAGUAGUGCAAAUGGACAAUUACAACCUCCUUCUCAUCAUCAUCACAACCAUCACAACCAUCAUAAUCAUCACAGCAACAAUAGCAACAAUAACAAUAGCAACAGCAACAGCAACCACAGUCACCAUCAACCUCCUCUCAAGAACAGCCGUUCGGCUACUUCUUACACCCUCACACCUUCUAUAUCAAGUCCUCAACGGGAAGUAAAUAAGCAAAUGGCGCGACAUCCAAGUCUUUCGCAACUGGUGUUUUCCAAGAGCGCGGCUGGUCCUCGCAGCAAUAGUAGCCCAACGACUUCAAUGUCGACUCAGCCCCCUGGCUUACUUUCCGGAGGAAGAUCUGGAAACAACAUCCAUAAUGGAAGUGGAGCAGGAGGAAAUGGAAGUGGAGUAGGAAACGGCAGUGGUAGUGGUAGUGGCAGUGGUAGUAAUGUCGGCAGAGCAAUUCCACCCAUGCUUCGAGAGUCACUGUCGGUCAAUACCAAUCUACCUCCUAUGUCUGUAUCGUCGUCAUCAUCCACAACAAACACAACAAACACAAACGCAACCAACCAGGCCCUGUCGCCUUCGUCUUCGUUCUUCCAGCAGGCCCAGCGCACCAAUGCUACACCUGUGACGAUGACGAAUCCGUUUGCCAAACUGUCCAAUUUUGUGAAUUCGUAUAUUGUUCUGCAAGAGUUCUGCAAGGAAUUAGCUGCGGUUAUUCUGGUCCGUCACGCCACGAACUACGAUGACAUUGGGUUUGUGCGUUACCAGAAUCAACAGAGACCGUCUGAGCGUGUGGAUGCCUGGGUGCAUGAAGAGCGGGAAGAUAAUAAUGAAGAGGAUUACAAGUUGGGUCUGGACAAGUGGAAAAACCGCAUCUCGAUGGUUUCGACCCUAGCUGAUUGGAAGAGCGUCCGUAGUAUGGAUACUAUUGAUGAAGCCAUUACUUCUAGAGUAUCAAAUUCAUCACUUCAUUAGGUAAUGGUAGAUUUAUAAGAGUGACCUCUUCCUUACUCUAUCUGUCUUGUUUUCUUCUUGCUAUUAUUAUUCCCUCUUUUUUUUCAUAAUAUUAUUUAACCCUACUUCCCCCUCUCUCUCUCUAUUUUUCCCUCCUCAAUACACACAAACAUAUAUCUACUAUAUAUAUAUAUAUAUCAAUCAAUCUAUAUUUCAAUCCUUGAAUAAACUUGAAAAUCCAAGCCA